ACACGGACCCCAACCUCGGCAGGCCUCCUAGGGCCGCGGUCCUUUCCUCCUGCAAGGGGAGGGGGAAAAGCCGAGGGCCUCCCUUUAGCCUCACAGACGCCCUUUUGGAGGGAACAAAAAAGGACGCGCUCCCUUAUCCCGCCUUUCUCCAUUGUCGCGGCUGCCUAGCUGGGCGGAGCUGAGGAACUGGAGGGAGCCCAAUGCUUGCAGAGCUCGGCAGAGAUCUGGGUGGAGAAAUCAGCCAACCGUGAUUGAGCAUCACUUGAAAAGAUUCAGGCAAUUUGUUAACUAUGGAUGAGUAUGCUGUCCUAACAGUACUUGGAGAAGGAUCAUUUGGGAGAGUCCUUUUGGUCCACCAUAGGAACAAAAGCCAGAAAUAUGCAAUGAAGGAAAUAAGACUUCCCAAGUCGGAUACACAGAAAUCUUGGAAUGAAUCUAUUCUGUUGGCUAAAAUGAAACACCCCAAUAUCGUCACUUACAUGGAAUCAUUUGAAGCUGUUGGACACCUGUACAUAGUGAUGGAAUAUUGUGAUGAUGGAGAUCUUCUGCAAAAGAUUAAACUUCGAAAAGGAAAGUUGUUUCCAGAAGAUGUGAUACUCAAUUGGUUUGCACAGAUAUGCCUGGGUGUGAAGUAUAUUCAUGACAAGCGUGUAUUACACAGAGACAUCAAGUCCAAGAAUAUACUUCUCACAAAAGAUGGAAAAGUGAAACUGGGAGAUUUUGGAUCUGCACUUCUUCUUACCAGCCCAAAGGCCUAUGCUUGUUCCUAUGUGGGAACCCCUUAUUACGUGCCUCCAGAGAUAUGGGAAAACACGCCUUACAACAAUAAAAGGGUACCCCUUAUGGCAGCCAGCUUUGUACAGAUGAGUAGUGAGAUUUUAGCAGGUGGGAUGAAGAGAGUAAUAAGCGAUAUCUGGUCUCUGGGAUGCAUUUUGUAUGAGCUGUGUACUCUUAAGCAUCCGUUUCAGGCCAAUAGUUGGAAACAUCUUAUCCUUAAGAUCUGUAAAGGAUAUUACAGUCCACUUCCAUCCCACUACAGUUAUGAACUUCAGUAUUUGAUAAAACAAAUGUUUAAGAAGAAUCCCAGGAACCGUCCAUCAGCUAGCACAAUUCUUACUAGAAACUGUUUGGCGAAGAUUAUCAGAAAUUUUGAUUCAGCAGAUGUAUUGGAGGAAGGAAGAUAUGCAAGAUGCAAGACUAGCUGUUCAGAACCAGAGCUCGUUUCCAAGGGAUUCCAUGAAAUGGGAUUGGAGAAAACAGGGAAGUAUGAAGUCCCCCCAGAGGCUGCAAUACCAGGCCACCACAGGCGAAAAUGGGAAACAGGAAGAUCCAGUGAUGUGGUCAACAUUUUGGACAAGGCACCUCUACUUUCUUCCAGUGUUACAACCAAAGAGGACAGAACAGGAGGUCAUGUGAGAAAAUACGAUGAAAAUAUCACACGUAAGCGGUGGACCAAGGAACCUCCUGAAACUGUAAUGAAUAUUCUCCACAAUGCUGAUAUCAGUUUAGCUUUUAAAACGUACACCAUCUACAAAGCAGCCUCAGAUGAUCUAUUGAGAGGACCACUUAUAGAAACCCAAGCAUCUGAUGAAACAGAUGGUCAAAUUAUGUUGGAGGAUCCUGAGAGACUUGAAUCAAGAUCUGAUGAGGAAGACACGGACUUUGAAGCAGAAGAUGAUCCAGACUGGGUUUUUGAACUGAAAAGGAUGAUCAAUAUAGAGUGACAGACAAAAGAAGACAUGAAUAAUGGAACUAAAGACUGUGAUCCAAAUCUAGAUUUUCAUAGCUUGAUGUUGACAAAGUUUGAAAGUCAGUUUAUUAUACAAACAUUCUAAUGCAUAUAUGAAAUUCCAAAUGGAAUUUCUUCAGCUGAGUAACAAAUGUAUACUGACUGAACUGCUACUAGGCUUUUCUUCAGGAGGGGAAGAAUGUGAAUUUUCUUCUUGAAUAAAGAUAGUAAAAGUA